AGAUUAUUCUGCUUCAUCAAUUCAGCCAAGUGGGAGCAGAAACUAGCUUGUAGUAGCGGUUGCGCCGGCGCGCAAGCCCUCCUUCUUGUCCCAUAAUAGGUCAGAUAACUGGCAGCCAUUUUGCCAGAUGAGUAUAUGUACGAUGACCAAAGAGUACCGUGUUAGUAGGAGUCUCUCACGGUGGAGAAAGUAAAUUAUGCCUAAAUUUGGUGUAAUUAAUUAGUUACGGAUGUACGAGAAAGUUUCAACAGCGUAUAGGUAGCCCAGAAAAUAUUUCGCUACAUAAUUUUUAUACAGUGCUUUGCGGAAGAAUACAAUAAUUUAGGCUCAGCCGUUUCCGUCGUAAGGUGUUAGGAUUUGUUCUGUAUAGCGAUGGAUCGGUCGAGUAUAUACUGUAAUGUGUAUUUGUGAAAUAUUUUGUUCUUUAAAAACCCUGCAAUUAAAAUUGUAUUAGAUAUCUACACAUCUGAGGAUACCUCUGUCCACACACACAAAUAUGGGAAAUGCUGCAACUACUAAAAAAGGCGAUCCAGCAGAAAAUGAUUUCAUUUCUAGCAGGGAACAACAAUACUCAGUUUGACAUGGUGCAAGACAAGAAAGAGUUAUCCACAGAAAUACAGUUGAAAAUUUUCCUCGAAGAAGCAAGGAAGGAAUUUGAGGAAAAAUGGAAUAAUCCUAGUAAGAAUACAGCGUGUUUAGAAGAUUUUGAUCGCAUCAAAACAUUAGGAACGGGAUCAUUUGGUCGCGUAAUGCUUGUGCAGCACAAAACAGCUAAAGACUAUUAUGCCAUGAAAAUUCUUGACAAACAAAAAGUUGUAAAACUAAAGCAAGUAGAACACACUUUGAAUGAGAAAAAGAUUCUGCAAGCAGUCAAUUUUCCAUUUCUUGUGAAAUUAGAGUAUCAUUUCAAGGAUUGCUCAAACUUAUAUAUGGUUCUUGAAUACGUCCCAGGUGGUGAAAUGUUUUCACACCUUCGGAGAGUAGGCCGUUUCAGUGAACCACAUUCAAGAUUUUAUGCAGCACAAAUUGUUCUUGCUUUUGAAUAUUUGCAUAGUUUGGAUCUGAUCUACAGGGAUUUAAAACCCGAGAAUCUUUUGAUUGAUCAGCAAGGUUACAUUAAAGUCACUGACUUUGGAUUUGCAAAACGAGUGAAAGGUAGAACAUGGACACUCUGUGGAACACCUGAAUACUUGGCUCCGGAGAUAAUUCUUAGCAAGGGUUACAACAAAGCAGUUGAUUGGUGGGCUUUGGGAGUGCUAGUUUAUGAAAUGGCAGCUGGUUAUCCUCCUUUCUUUGCUGACCAACCUAUACAGAUAUAUGAGAAGAUAGUUUCUGGGAAAGUUCGUUUUCCUUCGCAUUUCACAUCAGAUUUGAAGGAUCUGCUUAAGAACUUACUCCAAGUUGAUCUGACCAAACGAUAUGGAAAUCUGAAAAAUGGAGUAAAUGAUAUUAAGAAUCAUAAAUGGUUUGCCACUACUGAUUGGAUUACAAUAUUUCAGAAGAAGGUGGAAGCUCCUUUCAUUCCAAAAUGCAAAGGACCAGGGGAUACUAGUAAUUUCGAUGAUUAUGAGGAAGAGGCACUGCGCAUAUCAUCAACAGAAAAGUGUGCCAAGGAGUUUGCUGACUUUUAAUGUUUUGCAUCCAUUUUAUACUCCCUGAUGUGGAGUCUACUUGUAGCCCUUUUCAGCUGGGCAUAAAAUUUAUUAACAGGAAAGAAGAGCCAAUGUGUUGCCAAUGAUAAUUCAUAAAGUAAUGCAUGUGGAAACAAAAAAUAUACAUACCAAAUCCCAUACAAACCCAGUCUGCCAUCACUGUGCAUGAAGAAUUGUAAUAUUUCACACGAUUGCUUAUUGCUGAAGUUUUAAAAACUUUAAAAGUGGUGACCAAAUGAUUUUUUAUUGUAUCUAAUUUUAUUUAUGUCAAAACAGAAGUGUCUUGUAACAUGCAUGAUUUACACCAACGAGCUCUGUUUUCAGUGCAUAGAUUUGUUGCAUCUUAAUAUAUUAUGUUGUUGGUUGUUAAAAAUCGUUGCAGAGCUGCUUUGUUUCUCUUAUUAUAAUAUUUACUGUGCAUUUUGUAGAAAUGCUAAUACAAGCUGAAAAAUGCAGAGCAACAUUGAUGUCUCUGUGUAUAGUGUACAGUAUAUUUGUCACAUUUUAGGAUAAUAGACUGUAUCAAAAACUUUGUGUUCCAUCCGUGUGCCCAGUUGAGAAGACAGCUGUAUAUUUGUCUGUUGCCAAAGCAACAAAGUUGUGGGAAGAAUGAACUCUUUAUUUUGUAGCUGUAGAAGUUUUGUAUUAAAAAGCAUUGGUGUAAAACUACAAUAUGAAACCAAGAAUAUUGGGGAUUGGUAUGUGACAUUUGUAUGAGACAACAGUGCUAUUGUUCAUUUUUUACAGAUGGUUAGUGCUGGCACAGAAGAUUGUUCUAUUAUCUUGCAAUUGCUGAAAAGCACAUUUCUUCAUUAGCUGCUGUAUAUAGUUUUAAGUUUCAUGUCAUAGCUGAAGUUUUUAAUAUCAAGAUUCUGUGUGAAACUGCCUUGUGAUUUAUUGUCUUGAAAUAUUUCCCCCAGGUCCUAACUAGUAUUCUGUUUUUUUCUUAAUAUCUCUUGUUUUAUAGAACAGGCUAUUGUCAGUGCUUAGUGUGGUAAUUGUGAUGUGAGCCUGCACUUUCCUCGUUAAGUUUUCUAAAGGAGGGGAAUUGAUCACUCCAUUUAAGUAUUGAUGGUUGCUAUGCCUUAAUCUGAUAAAUAUAUUUUAGCAUGGACCAUGAUUCCAUAAAAAAAUUGUAUCGGCUACUAAUAAUGAUCACAGGAAUCUAUUUCUUCUGUUUUGGGAAGAAAAUGUAGUUGUAGAUAUCUUUUUAUUGUGCAGCCGCAGAUCUAUAAAGUAAAUAAGAUAUACCAAUUAUCUGUACUAAGAAGUCAUUUAGAUGAGUGAACUUGGGUGGUGGCCAGUGAAAAUUAAGCUAGUCGGAAAAUAGAACUCAGUUGCAUGAGCUGAGGCUCUCGUCUGUAUAACUCAUUGCCAUGUAUAUUUGUUAAUUCGUGUUUAAAGUUGUUCUUGUAUUAAAGAUUCUUAUGCUAUAGAUUUUCUGUGUUUUUGUCUUACAUCUACCCUUCAUUUUAUUGGGAAACCUAGUUAUACUAGUCAUCAUGAUCAUUUUGUGAUGUGUGCAUAUAAUUGAAAUUUUAUGGGGUUAAUAUUAAGAACACUAUUAAAGUCUGUCAUUAAAAAACUUUCACAGAGCAUACUAUUUUUAUUUCAUUUGUUGAAAGUUUCUUAAUAUAAGGCAAUUUUAAUAUUCACUCUUUGUUAGCUUCUAGCUUUCCUUGUAAGCUGCAUGUAUUGUGAAUUCCCCCCCCCACAGAAAAUGUAUUUCACAUAUAAUAAAACAAACUCAAUUUUUUUAUUUUAUCCUUUUAAUAAUAUAUGAAAGGUAUUACAUCAUCUUAAGUUUGAAAAAAUUUGUGCUGUUUGAUAAGUUAACUUUUUUUGGAAGCUUAUUGUAGAAUUUUAAAUAUAUGUAUAUUUGUUAUGUAACUUAGAUCUCUUUAGUUUUAAAUCUACCUAAAUAUAAAUUGCCUAGAUUAUCAUGUAUAUACAUCACUGAAGUGUAAUGCCUUGCAAAAUGCUUUUAAGUGGAUGGAAAAUUUUAUGGUGAAACUGUAUUGAUAGUCAAAUAUUAGGAAAACCAAAAUUUAAAAGUGAAAAUACUAAAAAUAGAUUGAUAUUAUCUAAAUUGUUAAUUGCAUAUGGAAGGCUCAUUAUGCAUAGUUUAUUUAUAUUCCUGAUUUAAUUACCAUUUAAAAAGUGUUUGAGUGCAUAUGAAUUUUGCUAUUAAAUUUUUUAAAUAUAUUUUUUUAUGUUGUCAUUAUUUUCUUCAUAUUUCUGUAAAAUUUCAGUUGAAUCUGAUGAUUAUGCUGAAGUAAUAUUACAAAAAUUGCUUGAAUUACAAAAAUAAAAAUUAUUUAAUGUAUUUGAAGUGAAAGAAUAAUCUUGUAACUGAUAAACCAGUCGCAGCUGAACAUAUUAAACAUAUAGUGCAUAUUAAUAUUUUAAUGUUACCGAAAAGUCUCUCCUAUCUAGUAUUUAUUAUUAAUUUUUAGAUUUUACAGUGAGGAUAGUUAAAUUUUAUCACUAGGUAGUUUGCUGUAGGAAGUAUUUUCUUAGGUCCUAAUUUUAUGUGCCAUUUAUUGUUACAUAAUCUCUUGUGAUUCUAAAUUAUAAGAAAAUUUUAUUAGCAGGUAUGUGUUCUCCAACUGUGCAAUAUAAUCUGAAUUCUAAAAAGAUUUAAAAUACUUUACAACAGUCUUCCAACAUAUAAAAUUCCAAUUGAAAAUUAACUGCUUGGCUUGGAAUAUAAUUGAAUUGUCCGAGUCAUAAAUCAGUCUUUCAUGAAGUAGUAAAUUUAAUUGUGUGUAAAUUUUGUUGUUGUAGUAAAUAGAAAAAUUAACAUCAGUCUCACAUCUCAAAAAAGGCAAGAGGAAAAAAAAAAUUAUAAAAUGUUAGUAACAGUAGUCAUUCUUUUAAAAUAAAAGCACAAAGGAGGUUCAUUACUUUAUAAUAUAAUACAUAUGUGUGUGUGUGUGUAAGAUAUAAAAUAUGAAAGCAAAUUUCUAAUUUAAAUUGGCUGUAACCUCCUUUAUUUUAUAUUCAAUCUGGGGACUUCAUGUCUCUGUACUAAAGUACCAUAAGUCUAAACCGCGUCAUUCAAAUUAAUCAUGCGAUCUUGCGUAACGCUUAAUACAGAUACCUCUUGCCCAAUCAAAAUAAUUGUAAACCAAAACUAACUCGAACUGAAACUUUUGCUCCCUCCCUUCUUCAGCAUUACUACUGCAACAAUCUUUCUCUUCUCGCUUAGGCUUUCAUCCUGUUAAGACGCUGCUGCAAUCUUCUAUGUUCGCUUCUAUCGCAAUAGCAUCAAAAUUGUUCUGGAAAUAGGCACGAUUGGAGUGCCAAGUGAAUUGUGGCCACAGAUGUGAAUUUAAUCUGGCUCGACUGUUUCUUCAAAAUGGAUGGAUGUUCUAAGCAUCAAGUAUCUUCACAAUCAACAUUUCUACGCAUCUAUGUCUCAGUGCUUCUGAAAAUAUGCUAUCAUGACAUAUAUAGAGAGGGAAAUUUUGGGGGCCUUUUAAGUGAUUAUGCUGGGAGCAUAUAAAUCUUAGAAAUAUUUCAGUUUUCUCAUUCUCAUUUUUUAUUAUUUUAGCCUAGUAAAGUAUUAUUUAAAAUUUUCUAUAGUUUGUUAUCCAGGAAGAUUAUCUUUCUCUUCUAUCAAAUUUGACUAUACUUUUGUCUUUGAAUGUAUGAUUUGCAAAUCAAGCACUGUUUAAUAAAAAUUCUGCCAAAUUUAUUUUAAAAAUAGUCUUUUUUAUGAUUUGUAAGCUUUAUUUAUCAUAAUAUUUUUUAAGCAAUGCCUCAUCUUGUGAAAAGUUUGAGAUGGCAUAUUUUAAGUUUUUCAGCUUGUGGAUAAAUUAACUGUCAAUCUCAGUGGCAACUGGUAAUGAAUAGGAAGGGGAAAAAAUAAAACCAUUAUUCAGCCAGUCAAAUGGUGCAUGAAAGAUAUUCCAAGCCAAGUAGGUAAUGUAUCUGGUGCUGGUUGUAGUGUAAACAGUCUUAAGAAAAGGUGGCCUUAUACAGGGUUGUCAUAAAAAAACUUUCCUGAUUCAUAAAUUCAUAGGAGCCCAUCUGCUGAACCAAUCAGAAAUUCAGAUCUUGAUAUUGGAAGGUAUAUGAUAAUUUAAAACGAGCUGUCAUGAUUAUGGUUACAUUAAAAUAUUUUAAAGGCAACAACUUUUUUUUUCCUGUGCAAAUUGAUCGGCGCUUUGAAAAACUAUAAAGGGCAUUGGACCAAUACAUGUAUGACGAAAAUUGGCAGCAUUAAAUAUUUACAUAGAGCAUUUUUAAGGACCAGUGGCAACACAAGAGAUUGAAGGGAAAAGAUCUUUUAUUGUAAUUACUAGUUUUCAAGUGCCUUUCUUUGCAAAUGAUAAUGCAUUGCAAGUGGAAGAUUGUUGCCAAUAAUGACGAAUGUAACAUUGCAGGAGGAAUCUGUAUAGCUACGUUUUAUGGAACCUUUCAAUUCUGACAAAUCUCAUGGAUGUAAUGGACUUUAGAAAAACCCAGAAACAGAAAUUAAUUGCAGUGAGGUUGGGGAUUGCAGUAGCCACAAAACUGCAAAGUUAUGGGAGGUACCUCUAUCUUGAAAUAUUGUACAUGUUGAAAAUUUGUAAUUCCAAUAUAAGUCCUCCCCCCUCUCUUGUCUUGUGUUGUUAUUGCUCCUUUGGAAUGUUCUUUGUAAAUGUUUUAUGCUAGCUAUUUUCAUCUUAUGUGUAUCGUUCCAAUGACAUUUAUGAUUUAUCAACAUGCUGAUUAAUUUGUGCCGAAAAAAGGCGAGUGUUGACAUUUGAAAAUUUUCACUGCAACCAUAACCGUGAGCUAUUUUGUUUUAAAUCAAAACAUUCAUAAGUGAAUUCUGUUAAAUAACAAUAUCUGAAAUUGCAUUUCGAUUGGUUGAGUGAAUUAGUCGCUAGGAGUUCAUAUAUCAAGGAAGUUCUUUUUUAUGACUGCCCUGUAUAUAGAACUGGUUUUCCAAAAUCAUUGUGAUAAAUUUUUAACAUUUUUGAGUAAUGUAUCUGCAAAGUCUUUGUGUAAUAGAUAAAACAAUUUUUUUCUGCUAAAUCUAAUAGUUUUAUGUAAAGUUUUUUGUUAAGAUAUUGCUAUGAGAAUGUAGCACUCCUUGGAAAAGGUCCAUUUGUUUACUUAUUGGUAAAUUAAUGCAUUGCCAGAAUUAUUUCAUGUAUCUUAUCAUAGUGACAUUUUAUAUAUUAGUAACGUAAAAUUUCCACUAAUGGGAAAUUAGUGAAGAGAAUAUCAAAUAAUUUAAUCUGAGUGUAAAAUAUGGUGUUUGUUUUCAUUAUAAUUGUAAAACAUAUUUUACCAAAAACCAUUGAGUAUCAUAGAAAUGUUAAAAAUCCUCAUCAAACUUGUUGAAAUUGUUUUCAUUGCUUUUAAUCACUUCAAAAUUUCUCAACUGUAGAAAAUCAUGUCUGGAUUUAUUUAUUAAAAUAUUUGCCAAUGAAGUUA